AUGGCAUCAUUCUUCUGUUACUUGAUGUCCAUACGCUUGCUUUUUUUACUUUCACUGUUGCAUGCAAUUGCCACAAACUGUUCUGCUUCUAGUCAGCCUCUCUGCCAUGAUGAUGAGAGCUAUGCCUUGUUGCAAUUCAAAGAAAGCUUUCCAAGGAACGUGAAUGAUUGUAAUGAUCCUUUUGCUUAUCCUAAGAUUGAAUCUUGGAAAAUGGAAGGGGUGGACAAAGAUUGCUGCUUGUGGGAUGGUGUUGAGUGCGACAAGAACACAGGUCAUGUGAUUGGCCUUGACCUCAGUAGCAGCUGUCUCUAUGGUUCUUUGUCCUCCAACAACAGCCUCUUUAGUCUUGUUUAUCUUCAAAGGCUUAAUCUUGCUUCUAACUACUUUAGCUUCUCCCGCAUCCCGUCAGAAUUGAGCCAACUUUCUAGGUUGACAUAUCUCAACCUAUCCAAUUCAUCUUUUUCUGGCCAAAUUCCAUCACAAUUUUCAGAACUUUCCAAGUUAACAUCCCUUGAUCUGUCAUAUAAUUCUAUGUUACAUCUCGUAAGUCUAAAAGGUUUAGUUCAAAACUUAACCAGCCUGACAGAUUUACGUCUCAGUUACGUUCAAACAUCAUCUCCAAUGCCUGAAAUCUUUUCGAAUCUCUCGGGCUUGACAACACUCCAUUUGAUUGGUUGCAGAUUGCAUGGAGAUUUUCCUGUUGGAGUUUUUAAGCUACCGAAGCUAGAGAAUCUCAGGGUGAGUGAAAACCAAGAUCUCAUGGGCUAUUUGCCUGAAUUCUACUCUAGCAGCCCUCUUAGAAUUUUAUGGCUCCAGCGUACUAAUUUUUCUGGGGAACUACCAACUUCAAUUGGAAACCUUGAGUCCUUGAAUAUACUCUCGAUUGGGAGUUGUAAUUUCUUUGGUCGCAUUCCACCUUCCCUUGGCUUUGGCCAGCAUCUAGUCAAUUUUCCAUGGCCUCAACUACAUAUUUUGGAUCUUAGCUUCAACAAGAUACAAGCACUACCCCCAAUUCCACUGCCAUCCAUCUUUGUUUAUUCCGUUGCAAACAACUUGCUUGAAGGAGAAAUUUCACCAUGGAUUUGUAACCUUAGUUCUCUUUAUUCCCUUGAUUUGUCAAAUAACAAGUUCAGAGGCAUACUUCCUCAUUGUUUGUGCAACGUCAGCAACACUUUGAGUAUAUUGAAUCUUCGAGGCAAUGGUUUUCAUGGGACGAUUCCUCAAUUAUGUGCAAAGGGAAGUAGAGUGAAGAUGAUUGACUUGAGCCAAAAUCAGUUCGAGGGGGUUCUACCAAGAUCAUUAUCAAAUUGUGAAAUGCUAGAGAUUCUAAAUCUUGGAAGCAAUCGGCUCAAUGAUGUUUUUCCCUCUUGGCUGGGUACUCUUCCAAAACUAAGGGUACUUAUUCUACGACAUAAUGGAUUCUAUGAUGUAGUGGGGAGUCCUACAACCAUGUUUGCAUUUCCAAAAUUGCACAUUCUUGAUCUCUCUGACAAUAAACUUACAGGUAAGUUGCCAUUUGAAUACUUCAGAAAUCGUAAGAGUAUGGAGAAAGUUGAUGCAAAUAGCUUCACAUAUAUGCAAGCAUCUACAAUUGUAUUGCUGGCGGGUUAUAAUGUGCCUGAAUAUUACCCUUACUCGAUGACAAUAAUAAACAAAGGUAAGGAGACAAUAUAUCCAAAGAUAUUGGAAGUCUUUGUAGCUAUUGAUCUUUCAAGCAACACAUUCAAUGGAAAGAUUCCAGAAUUUAUUGGGGAUCUAAAUGGGUUCCAAUUGCUUAACCUUUCCAACAAUAAUCUCAUUGGUCAUAUCCCAAUUUCUUUGGGAAACUUGACAACAUUGGAAUCACUUGACCUUUCUCAAAAUAAGCUUUUAGGGCAGAUACCUUGGCAACUAACACAACUUACUUUCCUUGAAUCCUUCAAUGUCUCACAUAACCAACUUACAGGGCCUAUACCGCAUGGUAAACAGUUUGAUACAUUUGAUAAUAGUUCUUUCGACGAAAAUUCAGGAUUGUGUGGAAGUCCAUUGUCAAAGAAAUGUGAAGAUCUUGAGCCUUCACCUCUACCCACUGAAAGCAUUGAAGAAGAGCAAGACUCAUGGUUUCACAUUGAAUUUGACUGGAAAAUAAUCAUGAUGGGAUAUGGUAGUGGACUUGUAAUUGGAGUUGUUGUUGGAAACAUUGUGACUGAGAAGUUUGGAAGAACUAGGAAGAGGCAACACAAAAGGGGAAGGCAUCAACUUUAUUAG